CUCAUUGUAUCCAUGGAAGACCCAUUACACCCAACGUCUCCAAUGAUAGUGUCAGUGGACGGAUGAACCUCGAAUCGGCCAGAUCACAUUACAGUCACAAGAAGAUCAGGCCUCUGGUCUUGCUGUAUGGGUAUGGAAUAUUUAAACCCAACCUGUCAAUCCACAACAUUAGACUUUCUCAAUCUAAUGGUGCCUUCCAAAUCAAACCAAUCGCUCUUCCCUACCAGUAACCGAGAUAUCAGAAUGCUUUCCACCUUAAAAGCAUGCUUACCGCACUCAUUUUUUGAGCAGACAAAUCUUACAAAAAUGAAGAGAAGAAGUUCGGGCCAAUCCACCCCAGAGUCGAAACGACGACGAAUCGAAGCCAGCGGCAUGGAGAUAACAGGCGCCAAAAUUAGGCAGACGCUCGUCUACUGCAACGAGCAGCUCGAGAAGCAACCCUGCAGCAUCCUCCCACUGCAAGCCAGCAUCGCAAGUGCCCUCCAAGCCCGCGCGGAGCCAGCCCUCGGAGCAUCUGCCAUACAGUCCAACAAGGCAGUCCACGACUUCACCCUCGUCCGUGCGCACCAGACCAACACUGACAACCUCGCCAUCGAGCACUCCAAAGCCUUGCACGACCUCAAGGUCAUGUACAUGUUCCACUACAUCAAGCUAUACGGCGGCUUCCUCGAGUCGAGCCUGAACCACCGCAUCGCCCAGUUCGAGCAUGCGCACAAGGCCUAUCGCCACGCUAUGCGGACGUCCUGCUCCUCGACCAUCGCGGCGCGUGAGCCAAGGUACAAUUACAUCAAGAGCGCCGAGCAAGCCGUAUACUGCUUGGCCCUGGAACCAGACGCCUUUCUGCGCCAGGGCGAAGAGUUCUGGUGGCGUGUGCUCGAGGGGAUCGAUUGGGAUGUCGGACGGAUCAAGUUCUGGGAACGGGAAGGGCAUGGGAAGAGCCGGGCGCCGCCGACGCCGUGGUUGGCGAAAUUGAUUGUGUGGGCCGAGAUGCUGAUGGAGGAGGACUUGGGACUGCUCAAGCACAUCAUCCGGGAGUUUGUGAAUCGACUGAAGAAGUUCGAUUUCAAGCAGGAGUGUACAGUGUUCCGGGAAAUGGGGGCCGAGGCACUGGCGACGAUGAUGAGGGAUGAUGCGAAGCAUUUCGAUAAUAGGGUGCCGGUGGCGUACGAUGCGCUGCUCAUCGGGGAUGCGGUGUAUGCGGCGAGGAAUAUAUUUUCGUAUGGUGGGAUCGAUGAGAAGACGGGCGAGGCGUGGUGCAUGCCUUCUGCGGCGUUGCUGGCCCUGAAGUCUAAGACACGUGAACCGACGACAACUGAGGGGAUGAACCGGGAUGCGGAAUAGAUUGACCAUCAUACAGGUGACAUCAAGCCUCAAAUAAUACAGUGACUGAUAAAAGGCACCGGGGCAGCUUAAAAGCAGAUUGAACAGAAGACAGUUAGGGUAUCAACCAAGCGUGUACAAUGAUUUGUACAAUAUUCCAUACGAAUUUCGAGGGUAUUCCUU